ACGGGAUCCAGCACAACACUGAUGGCUUCCUCAUCGUCACCAACCGUUAUCGCAGGGCGAGCAAAACAAACGCCACCAAGGGAAAUUCCCGCCUUAACCACUACUCAGCCAUCAUCGGGCGCUUCUGUGCCUCAUAAAAUCGACUAUUUAGAGAAAAGGGUGCAGGAAGAAGCCAAUUAUCAAGUGCAAUGGAGCAAGUGGAUGUCGGAUGGCCAGCAGAAAUCCUUCUACAAACAUGUUUUUGUGCUAUUGCUGUCGUGGCAUCCAGAAUGCGAUGAUAUGGAAGUUGACCUUGAGGUUCAACGAUUAAAGAGCGUUUUUGAAGACAUCUAUAACUAUAACGUCGAAAGCAUCCAGCUUGAUUGCAGAAAGGACGCAACACCUCAAGCUCAAGCCAACCUAGCAGUUGCAAACUUCGUACAUCUCAAUGAUAAGGAGGAUGCUCUCUUUGUCGUCUACUACGCAGGGCAUGGCUCUCCUGGAAAGGAGCGAGGCCUCUUAAAUAUGACAGGACGAAGGAGACAAAAGGGGAAAAGAUUGGCUCAGCAAUUUACCCAUAUCACUUGGAACCUCGUCGAGAACAACUUGAAGACUACUAGGGCAGAUGUUUUCCAGAUCUUUGAUUGCUGCCACUCCAGUGAUCUUGGUCGAGACUCUGCCCUCAAUUCGAGGUCUUUCGAAUAUCUAGCUGCUUCUACCACACCUUACACCCGAUCGCCUGGGAAAUCGUCAUUCACGUCGGCCCUGAUUUGGGCUCUUGAAAAGCUCGCUCACCAAUCCCCACGAGAAGAUUCGCAAUGGUCCCCAAUGUUCACAACAAGCAAACUUGCAAAGAAGAUCUCCGAAUGCCCUGAUUUCCCAGAAGAGCAAAACCCUUCACUCACCACCCGAGAUGUUGAAGCUUGGCAGCAUAUCAUUCUUGCUCCACUCCCCCGUGAAGGUGUCUCGGCGCUGACUCCCGCUCCAAAUAGCGAAGACGAGGACGGGAAUGAAGAUGAGGACGAGGAUGAAGAGGAAGAGGAGGAUAACAAACCUGUGCAACAGUUCCUAAGUCUCACAUUCCACUUCAAACACAAAGAGGAUGAGUCGGAACUCCUCAAAAAGCUAGCGGAUCACUUGAAGAAGUUCAUGAAGUUAGAACCAAGUCUUCACAAAGUCCAAUGGGGUGGGAUUUGGGGAGAGUUGAGGCCGCCUCCUGGUCAUAGGUGGCGUGAGGCCGUCCGUAAAGUCAUGUCCAAAUCGCCAGUCUCGAGAUUUCCUUCAAACUUGGUUCAAAGUGGCAGCUUGUCUCCGCAGACGGGUCACCUUCUUCCAUCUUCAUCGACUGAGAGCACACCUCUACUUUCCGACGCGUCUUCAGUUAAGUUCAAAGAAGAGCUUACCACCCGGAGCCUCUGGAGUCAUAUCUCUUCUUUCUUUCGAAACUUUAGGAAGCCAAACUUGGCAGAGCCUCAGGGACAACCAGCAAGCACGGUUUCGAACCCUGGCAGGCAAGAUUCUAGGAAAUGGACACGGCGCUUGGCGGACAAGCUACGAAAUCUAUUCUACCGCCCUUUGCCUCGGAUACAGAUUUCAUCAUAGAUUUUGGUUUCUCUGCAAUGAUUUUUGUAUUAGACGUUGAGGUCGUUGAUAAUAUGCACGUGGUUGCUUUUUCGUCCCGCAGUGCUUGUAUUAUAGGUGUUACCUUGAGAACUUAAUCCAUGCAUAUUGAGAUUGAUAGGUUUAAUCCGCUAAUGAGCAACUCUUCGCUUUGGGUCCAUGUGUAGAUAUCGUUGGGUAUCUUGCCUGCAGAAGUUCAGGUUGCGUCUUGAUAUUCAUAUGUGUCCACAAUUGAUACAUCUUACCUCA